AUGGUGUUGCCGUCACAGCUUCAGAGUAAUCUCACUCCAACAGAGAUCAAGUUUUUUGCAGAAAAUGAGCUUAUAACUAUACUACCGCGGUAUUCGGUCCACAAGGUAGACCUCAUAGGGGUAUGUCUAUUUUUUCAAAACCAACACGUUCCGGCAAAUGUUGACCCACAACAAGAUACUAACUUUUUACAGACAAGGGUACCCAAUUUGAAAGCCAUGAAGAGGGAGAAAGUACCCUUGUGGGUUGCAUUGAUCUUAAAGGGGCAGGACAAGUGCAACAUAGUGCCGCCAAAGUGGCUAACAGUGAGUUUUUUGAAGAGCAAGUACGACGACGAGAUCCGCAAGCCGGGCCAAUUCAGCGAGCUACCUUGGAACUGGCUUGAACUAUCCAAGAUCCUCUUGACUCAUGCAUCGAACGAUUUGGCGGACUCCUCGGACGAUUUGAGGUCGGUGCUCCAGGACUUGCGCGAGAUCAGAUUGAUCAAAUCCAGAAAAGGGUUGAAGGAGUUGAACGAGUCGAAUAUCCAGUUGAAUGGGUUGUCGCUAAUGGAGAUCAACGAGAUGAGGCCGUUUGUCAUUCCCGUCAUGAACAAACUCCGAGUACUUCAUGGCACAUUGACAAAGUUUAAAGAUGACAAUGACGAGGAAAUGUAUAAUUCUGACGAAGAGGCAUAG